UCAUCGGAUUGCGUGUGUGGUAUAAAAUGUGUAAUUGGGGCGUCGCUCCUAGAGAUUUCACAGCUCUCCGGGUUCGGUGCACUUGUCUACCGGUUCACACAGAAUUGAAAGUUUCACAGUCACGUUUGAGUGUUUUGCGGUGCACAGUGUCUCGUGCAGCGUCCUUCUGUCCAGGAAACACGAGUGAAAAUGGAAGAAGUGAAUAAUCCUCCACAAACGGGAAGCGGGCAGCCACAGCAGCAUCCAAUUAAUCACACCAGGCCAUUUUUCUAUGUUCAGCAACCUUCUCAACCUUAUUAUAUGUACCCAUGGCAUAUGAAUAAUCCAUAUGGGCAUUAUGGCUUCCCUGGAUCAGGUCUCCCUCUUGGGCGUCCAUACGUGGCUCCUUAUGCAUUCAUGCAGUACCCAGGGUAUGUCAUCCCCUAUGCGCCCAUGCAGCCGAUCGACUACAGACGAAUGUUUAACCCGUACGUCCCAUCAGCUGCGGCUUGUGAUGUGCGAUUCCGCAACAGCCAGAUUCGCGUACGGCGGGAAACUGCCUGUUCAGAAGCUCAGACGGAGCCUAGUGAUGCUUUAAACAGUCUGAUCGAGAGUCUGGACAAGCUCGUAACGCGUGAAGUUGUCAACCCAAGAAAAGUAGCUUCUGGUGUUUCUCAAGACUCUGGAAUAUGUCUGCCAGAGGAUGGGCAAAAAUGUGACAAACAGGAAAUGCAGCCUAAACCUGCAAGCAUGGCAUUGGCAGAUGUUCCUUUUUCAUCCGCUGUCGUACCUCCUGGUGACUCUUGUACAGCUGCGUAUAAAGAGGAAUUGACCCAGAGUCUUUGUGACAAGCUGGCCCAGCAGGAGUACUCUGAGGCUCCUGAGAGGGUCCAGUCCCUUGAUGGCUCCUCUGUCUGUCAGGAAGCUAGUCUUAAGAGCAUGGUAAUGGAGAGACAAGGAAAUGUCAGGGUGGAGCAGCAGGUUCCCUGUAGUGUGAAAAGUCUAUGUGAAAUGGCCCCUGAGCAGGUUGUACGGGAUUGUGAAGAACCUAUGAGUCAAAGUGCUGGUUUUGCUCAGCCUUCCACACACCACCUGCCUGACAAGGUCACUGAAUUGGGAAACAAGACCUCAAAGGUGCCCCUUGUAGCCAGUGCUACUGGUGGAAGUGGCGUUUCCCAUGUGCCACCUGUUGACUUUGAAGACCUCCCAUACCGAAUCCUGCGGCUACCUUAUGACGCAGUUCCACCAGUUGGGCUGCUGCAAAAGGACGCACCCUUGUGGUGUGUAGACCAGUUGUCUAGCCUUAUCCCUCCUGCACGCUACCUAUCAUCUUUUGGCAAUGGCUACUAUAGCUACUAUCCUCAGACAGUACAAGAGCGACAGAGUGUCCUCAGCCCAUCCCUGGAUGAACUCUCUUCUCGUGAUGAGAUCUUCUCCACUGACAUGGAAGACAUGGAUCUAAUCCCAGACCAUGCAUAUGUGGCUAGUGGGAGGCCUGUAGAUGGUACUGGUGAAAGUCAGGACCCUGAUGGCGAUGGUGAUCUCCAGAGCUUCUCUUCAUCUGAGGAAUGUUCGGUUUGUUCACGAAAAACCUGUGCCACCUGUGGUUCCACCCUGUCCAAAAAGACAAAAUGGAACAAAGUGCGUUCCCUGGAAUUUUGUGCCCCUCAGGAAGAAGAGGGCACAGAAGAGGCCUUUGGGGAAGAUUAUGAGGAUGUUGAAAUGGACAAAAAUGCUUGUGAGCUGCAGAAGGCUCCAGUGAAGAAGCAACCCCAUCCAAAAAGGCAUGUCCAACCUCACUGUGGCCAGCAGGCUUCCAGACAGAGGUCUAAGAAGGGCCACUUUGAGGAACUGGGUGCCCCAGUCUGUCUUGAGGCUCUAGAUCAAGAAUCAAGUCUAGAGACAUGCUGUGAAGAGCACAGGGCGAUGGCCAGAGCAGAGAAAUACAAAGGAAAAGAACUAAGAAAUCCCUGUUCCAGAUCUACAUCAGACGGACAGCGGAAAGAGGGAGCAGUAGCAUCAGACCAGGAGAGCUGGGAGAGUUACUGUGUUAAAGGAAGAUCCAAGUCUUUGAAACCAUAUCCUUCAUCACGAGGGCAAGAAAGACCUACACGUAAAAAGGCUUCCUGUAAAAUGUUGGGACUCCAGAGGUCCCGGAGGAAUAAUCAUGAUGACGAAGGGAGGUUCCCAUGUUCCCACAGGGGCAGAGGAUCCACCAAGAGAAGAGGAAACAGAUGCUAAACAAAUCUAAUUUUCACUGCAUUAAAAAAAAUGUUAAAGCACUUAACCUAUGAAAUGCACACUUGUAAGUUAAGAGCACUUGUUUUUGUAUUUAAGUGGUGUAAGAAGCCUGGCUUCAUGCCUGCAUUUCCCCUGCUUGAUGGCAAAAUGUUGGAUGCUGUGCAUUCAACCUGUUUUUUUUUUUAAGGGGGGGGGUAGGGUGGUUGGGAGUCAUCACUGCUGUCCUUACUGGACCCUGUUUUGAUGCAUGCCUACGGUAUUUGGCCCUUGUGGACCAGGUUGGUGGGGAGUAGGCCUGGUCCACAUUAAUAUGGCUGGUAUGCUGGAUCUCUGCAGCACCAAGACCGGUAGUUCACGGAGGACUAGAUCAGGGUUGGGUUAGCCUUUUCGAGCAGUGGAAGUGCAGCUUGUUUUGUGCCAGGAGGUGAGGGUCUGACUUCAGUUUGCUUUGAGCCAACUGGGUCAGUCUUACUGUAGUGCAGGGACUCCAAAUGUUGUAGUG